GAUUCUCAGUUGCCCUCAUGUCCUGCACUCUCAUGGACAUAGUUNUGAAUGAUGCUCAGAGGACUUUGUACAGGGAUGUGAUGCUGGAGACCUACAGCAGCCUGGUUUCACUGGGGCACUGCAUUAGUAAACCUGACAUGAUCCUCAAGUUGGAGAAAGGAGCAGAGCCAUGGAUGAUAGAAGAACACCCAAACCAGAGCCUCCCAGAGACUGAUGCCAUGCAUGCUGGAGAGAAACCUGAUGAGCAUAAUAUAUGUGAGAAAUCACAGAGACAUCAGGAGCAUCAGCAUUGCAAGAUUACAACUGGGCAACUUUUUGAAUAUAGUGGAAAAGGAAAGUCCUCCAACACAGUGCCAAAUAUAUCUACAUAUAAUAAGAUCCUUAUGGGUGAGACCACCUGUAAAUAUAGUGAAUAUGGAAAUGCCUGUAAUAAGUCAGCUGUCAUUGCCCAAGAGAUAACUCAGGUAGAAAAGAAAGCUUUUCAGUGUGAUGUAUGUGGGAAAAUGUUUUAUAAAGAGGCUAAACUUACUCAACAUCAGAUUAUACACACAGGAGAGAAAAUUGAAAAAUGCAGUGAAUAUCAGAAAUCUUUUACUAACAAAUCAUACCUUAUCUCAUAUCAAGGAACAUCUACAGGGAAGAAGCUUUAUCUAUGUAACAAACAGGAGAAAUUUUUCUAUCAGAAGUCAGGCCUUACUGUGCAUCACAGAAUUCACACAGGGGAAAUGUCCUAUGGAUUUAUUAAGUGUGGCAAAAACUUUCAUGAGAAUUCACAUCUCAACUGUCAUAAGACAGUUGAAACAAAUGGAAAAUCAUGUGAAUGUAAUGGACGUAGAAAAUCUUUCUACCAUAAUUCUGCCCUGACUGCUUAUCAGAGAAUUCACAUGAGUGAAAAUCCAUAUGAAUGUGAAGAAAGUCAAGUUUUCUCCAGUAAGUCAAAAUUCAAGAAACAUGAGAGAAUUCACAUUGGUGAGAAUCCCUGUGACUGUAACACAUGUGGAAAAACCUUUCACAAGAAUUCAAACUUCAGCAACCAUAAGAGAAUUUAUAGGGAAUGUGGAAAAUGUUUUAACCAAAAGUCAAACUUGAAGAGACAUGAGAGAAUUCACCCAGCUGAGAAACCAUAUGAAUCUUUUAACCAAAAGUCAGCCCUCAACAAGCAUCAAAGAAUUUACAAAAGUGAGACACGAUAUGAAUGUAAGGAAUGUUCAAAAGCUUUUAAUGAAAACUUGAUCCUCAGUAGGUAUCAGAGAAUUCAGACAAGUGAGAAACCAUAUGAAUGUAAGGAAUGUGGAAAAGCUUUUAAACAAAAGUCCAUCCUCAGUGUGCAUCAGAGAAUUCACACAGUCGAUCCUCAGCAUCCAUCAGAGAAUUCACACCGGUGA